AUGGAGUUCGAAAGGCAUUCGAGAAGAGACGCCCAAAGGACAGCCAAUCUGGACUUUGACGCCCGCGUCCCCAUCCCCUUCAGUGUCUUCCCGUCGUCGUACCGGAGUGACGCUGUUCCUGAGACUACUCUUACUGCCACUGAAAGAGUAGAGGGAGAAGUCAAUCUCGAUCGCACUUCGCACGUCGAACGGGAAGAUACUCGAACCUCUGCUCGGCUUCCGGAUCCCCGUGUCUACGGCAAGGAAGAAGUCGAUAUCCACAUUGAGCGCGAUUCUCGCCGUCCCCUUCCCCAGCACGACCAGCAGUUUGCCUACUCCCAGGAGCGUGUGCAGUCUGCCCGUUACCCCGAAGUAGACCUUGCUCGUGAGCGUUACCGCGAGCCUUCUGUCCGUGUCCACGACCGUCAGCAAGUCUACGACCAGGCUCUUGAGUCCCAGCUUGACGUCACUGAGCGUGAAUAUCGUCGUCGUGUCAACCAGCCGACCUACGACGUCAACACCUACGACCGCUCCUACCAGGCUCCUGUAGAGUACGCCAGCGCUCGUCAGUACACCGCCGACGUCUACGGUUCCCCCAAGGCCGAUCUCGACGUCUCCUACGACCGCGCCUACCAGCCCCAGCCCGUCGAAGCUUACCGCGGAUCCGCCCCCCGUUCCCUCAACGUCGAGCCAGUGAGCCCGGCCACCUCCAACGUCAAGGUCCUUAAGACUUCUACUGUAGUUGAUCAACCCCCCGCUCGCAAGAUGGGUUACUACGACGACGACGGUAACUACCACUCCUUCCGUCGUGGCGUGGAACGCGCUGCCGACCGCAUCCUUCACCCCUUCGAUCACCAGCACCAUCAUCACCACCACUCGGACCGUGAAGAAGUUGUCGUCGCUGACGAACGCGGUCCAGUUCGUUACCGGGACGGUGUCCGCGAGGAUGUCCGCAUCGUUGAGCCCCGUGGUGGCGCCACCGCCGAGACGGUCCCCAUCCCCUGCCACUUUGUUCGCAUCGGCGACAUCCUGAUCCUCCAGGGCCGCCCCUGCCAGGUCAUCCGGAUCUCCGUGUCGCCCCAGACCGGCCAGCACCGCUACCUGGGUGUCGACCUCUUCACCCGCCAGCUGCAGGAGGAGUCCAGCUUUGUCUCCAACCCCUCGCCCUCUGUCGUCGUCCAGACCAUGCUGGGCCCUGUCUACAAGACCUACCGCAUCCUCGACCUCCGCGAUGACGGUAAGAUCGUCGCCAUGACCGAGACCGGCGAUGUCAAGCAGGGUCUUCCCGUCGUCCCUCAGGGCCACCUCUUCCGUCGCAUCCGCGAGGCCUUCGAGGAGGGUCGCGGCAGCGUGCGCGCUCUCGUCAUCAACGACGGCGGUCGCGAGCUCGUCGUCGACUACAAGGUGAUCCACGCUUCCCGUCUGUAA